AUGAUUAUCAGAAGAACGUUAACCACAUGCACCAGACUAUGUGCCAAACAGAUUCCCAAAAAUUUAAAGGGUCGAAGUAAGAGUUCACAAGAAUGGCUUACCCGGCAAUUGGCCGAUCCUUAUGUGGAAAAGGCUAAAAUGAUGAAUUAUCGUUGCCGCAGUGCUUUCAAGCUGUUGGAAAUCGAUGAAAAAUACAAUAUUAUAAAACCAGGCGAUUGUGUAAUAGAUUGUGGUGCCGCACCAGGUAGCUGGACGCAAGUAGCAGUAGAAAAAUGUAAUGCGAAUGGGCGCAUGGAGAAGAAACCAAAGGGUGCUGUUUUCAGUAUGGAUUUACUGCAUUUUCACAGUGUUCCGGGAGCUACAAUAUUUGGUGGAAUGGAUUUUACCAAAGAGGAAAGCAAACAACAACUGACAAAAGCCCUAAAUGGUAGAAAAGUCAAUUGUGUACUGUCCGAUAUGGCGCCAAAUGCUACAGGUGUACGCAUUUUGGAUCAAGAGUCUAUUGUUAAUCUAUGUUACGAUGUCUUGCGUUUUGCUCUGAUUAUGUCUGCUCCUCAGGCAAAUCUUGUAGUAAAAGUGUGGGAUAACGGCGAUGUGCCUAGAAUGGAGAAAGACAUUCAGCGAUUCUAUGAAAAAGUGAAACGUGUUAAACCCAGAUCUAGUCGAGACGAUUCAGCUGAGCAAUUUUUUGUAGCUCGUGGUUUUAAAGGCUUAGAGAUUAUAUUGAAACAAGAAAUAAAGGAAAAGUAA